UCGUCACUUCGUCUGCAACGAUAUUAUUGAGUAGUUGAGUACUGCUGUGAACUUUGAGAAAGUCGUUUGUCUCGAUCGUUUAUUUGCGCUUCUUUUAUCAAGGGGAGUGAUCUCGAUUGCGAAUCGGUAGCUGCUAAUCAUCUCGAUAUCAGAUUCAUCAUGCAAAUCUUUGUGAAAACUCUCACUGGGAAAACCAUCACCCUUGAGGUAGAAGCUUCUGACACUAUAGAAAAUGUCAAAGCCAAGAUUCAAGAUAAAGAAGGCAUUCCUCCUGAUCAGCAGCGCUUGAUCUUUGCCGGAAAACAAUUAGAAGAUGGCAGAACUCUUUCUGAUUACAAUAUUCAGAAAGAAUCCACACUUCAUCUGGUUCUACGUCUUCGUGGAGGAAUGCAGAUAUUUGUGAAGACUCUUACAGGCAAAACCAUCACCCUUGAAGUUGAAGCUUCAGAUACCAUAGAAAAUGUGAAGGCCAAAAUCCAGGACAAAGAAGGAAUUCCGCCGGAUCAACAGCGUCUGAUUUUUGCUGGCAAACAACUUGAAGAUGGCAGAACUCUUUCCGACUACAAUAUCCAGAAAGAAUCUACGCUUCAUUUGGUUCUGCGUCUUCGAGGAGGAAUGCAAAUCUUUGUGAAGACACUCACAGGCAAAACUAUCACACUCGAAGUCGAAGCCUCUGACACAAUAGAAAAUGUAAAAGCUAAGAUUCAAGACAAAGAAGGCAUUCCUCCUGAUCAACAGCGCCUGAUCUUUGCCGGAAAGCAAUUGGAAGAUGGCAGAACACUUUCUGAUUACAAUAUCCAGAAGGAAUCUACGCUUCAUCUGGUCCUGCGUCUUCGUGGAGGAAUGCAAAUCUUUGUGAAGACACUCACAGGCAAAACUAUUACACUCGAAGUCGAAGCCUCUGACACAAUAGAAAACGUAAAAGCCAAAAUCCAGGACAAAGAGGGAAUUCCUCCCGAUCAACAGCGUUUAAUUUUUGCUGGAAAACAAUUGGAAGAUGGACGAACGCUUUCGGAUUACAACAUUCAGAAAGAAUCCACACUUCAUCUGGUCCUGCGUCUUCGAGGUGGAAUGCAAAUCUUUGUAAAGACACUUACUGGGAAAACCAUCACCCUUGAAGUAGAAGCUUCAGACACUAUAGAGAAUGUCAAAGCAAAAAUCCAGGAUAAAGAAGGAAUUCCUCCCGAUCAGCAACGUCUCAUUUUUGCCGGUAAACAGCUGGAAGACGGCAGAACUCUUUCCGACUAUAAUAUUCAAAAGGAAUCUACACUUCAUUUAGUCCUGCGACUUCGCGGAGGCGCACACCUUUGAAGCCGAAAAUCCAGAAAAAUAUUGCUAGUCGCAAAUUGCGUAGUAGUAGUAUCAGUAGUGUGUCAAUAACCUUUUUUAUUUUUACUUACGCUUCAAGUCUGUACUCGAAUGCGUGCGCUUUUUAUGAUAUUAUUUUUCAAAAAUUAUUAUUUGAGUUAAAAUGCACGACAAGAAUGUAAUAAAUUGUAAUCCAUCUAAAUAGAUACAUUCUCAUGCAAUUUAAGCAUUAAAUUACGUUCAGAAUUGA